AUGUUCGACCGCUUGCGGAAGAUGCCGCAGACCGGCCAUUAUCCUGCCGCCUGUGGUCGUUUCAAGGUCACAGGGGUGCGUGACCUCACAGUUGAUUACGACAGCUCAUACCCGGACAAGAAAGCCCGACUACCUGUUAGUGCUUCGAGCCAGAUGAUAACCUUCACUUUUGACAACGGUGUUACCCUCACCCUUCGUACCAGCGGCACCGAGCCCAAGAUCAAGUACUAUUCAGAGCUUUGCGCCAAGCCCACCGACAAGCGUUCGUUCGCCGAGCUUGAAGCUGAAUUGGCAGAACUGAUUGGCAUCAUGGUUGAAGAUUUCUACCAACCAAAGAUCAACGGUUUUACGGCCAGAUCCGAUUGA